UAGAACUUGAAAGGAAUAACAGUGAGCCCCUAGCAGUCCUUCCCUUAACCUUAUGUUGCAGUUGCUAGCAAGAAUAUGGCGAUGAUUCGUCGCAGUUUUUAGUCAUUCAUCUUUACUAACACGGCCUACUGCACGAUCAGGAUUAAGUAGGACACAAGUGCUGUGUAGGUAAUAUGCUAGGAGUUUCUUUAACACACGAUCUUUUCGAAGAAUGACCAGGCCAAUUUCUGUUGCAGCAGUAAGUAGUCCUUAAUAUUACAUACUCAUACUACAAGUAGGUUUCCGAGGAAGAUGUUGGCUUAUCUACCCAAGCAAGAACUUCUGCGCCGUUCUACCGCAAGAACCGUGGUCGCGGCAGUUUUUUAUUUCUGCGCCCGCUCCGGGGUGGUCAUAACACCAACCAUAAGUGCCGUCGCGGUAUUCAAGCAGAAGAGUGUUGGGACGGCGAGCACCAGCACGAGCACCAGUCAGAGCGGGCGGCGAAGAGCGAAAGACGAGCAAGAACAAUCUCAGGAACAACGAGCGAAGUCGACAGCAAGAGCUGCGUCGUCGAUUCUUGAACAGUCAGAAAGAAAAGCACACAUCGGGUUGAUGCAACACGACGCGGCACCAGCACCACCAAUACAAGGUGCAGUAGGCGCGAGCGCGACAUCUUCACCAGAACAUCAAACAGCGGACCGACUCAUAGCGGACUUUCGAUUUGAGAAACUUCGGCGCAAAAAUUUGCAACGGGAGGAGCAGCGCCGUGGGCGGCCAAGAACAGUGCUCGGGUUUUUCCUGCAGGGAGCAUCCCAUGACCAUAAAUCCAAAUCAAAUGAUUCAGUAGAGACAUCAAGGGUCGACGACCUCACGGCUCAUGCUUCACUGACAAACCGAGCCCAUGAUCUUCAAGGGCAGGAUCGUAUCCGUAGUCCGCAAGACGAUGACCACCCGGGGGAGCCAAGCAGGAAGAGUACCAGCACCAGCAGCUCUUUUUCUCAAACGGAAACAAGUGGUAAGACGAGGUUCUUUUCUACACGGAGCAGGUCCUCCAUUGCUAGUCGAAGUACGAGCGAAAAGCAGCAGAUUUUGUUGAAAGUCGGAGAGUCUGAAUCAAGUAGAACUACGACCAACCGAGUUGUUGUAGAACAAACGCGAGGACGUCGUUCCGGUGCCACCAAGAACAAGCAGCCCGGUUCGCCCCAAGACCCCUUCAUUUUUGGCGGUACCAUGGAAAACAACCCUGGCGCGCCGGGGUCGGAGCCACCGGAGAGCAGUGGUACAACAAAAAAGCCCCCGCCUCCGCAAGCAAAUCCAGCCUUUCAACUGCCCGAGGGCGCGGCAACACCCCCUUUGAGCAGUAGUGAAACAACGACCGACCUCGGGACGAAGAACACGGGUGGAACUACAGCAUCAUCCAAAAAUUCAGGGCGCAGCGAGGAAAUGAUAGAUGAAAACGAAGAUAUAGAUAGCUCCUGUGUGUGUCACCUACUCCACCUGGCGCUUUUUGGGUUCUUCGUAUUUUUCCUUCUCGGCGCCGUUUUCUUUUACGUCUUCUGCUGUGGCAGCGAGGCGUUUGCGGACAGAACAGGGGAUUACGAUCGGAUUUGAGAAUAGUAUGAAGAAACCGAAAAGAUUAGGGUUGGAUGUGUUGCAGUAGAAUGGUUACAAUACAGUAAAAGGAACAAAAAUGGUGUGCAGCCUCGGCAGAGCUCGUGAUCUUGUGGUGCCUAUACGUCUUUCGGGUUCAAUUGUCCCUCCCCAUUACGAUAUCUUCAUCACAUUUCAAUUUCACAGCUUUCUAUGAAUGCCACCCUGGUGUUCUCUUGCGGCCUGUGAAAGGAGCAAAUUCAGAACAGAAACUGUCGCGCACGGCUCCUUGGAUAGAAGGAGAAAGUAGCUAUUUAUGCGCCCUCCCACGCGUACUGAAACUUUAUAUUCGCAGGUACCCAAAGUUUUUUCAAUUUGUAUUCGUGCA